AAAUAACUAAAUGUAUUUUAAUAAUUGUUUAAAAUUAUUGUCAAUUGAAAAACAUGUUCAAACUCGAAAGCUACAUUACUCCGAUCAUUUUGAGCUACGUCAAUAGAUAUAUCAACAAUUUUAAACCAGAAGAUUCUCAGGUUUCAUUAUGGGGCGGCGACGCUACUUUUCAUAAUUUAGAGUUGAACCUGGAAGUGCUAGAGCAAGAAUUACAGUUGCCUUUUAGUUUUGUUUCCGGUAGUAUCCGGGAAUUGUCCAUACAUGUUCCAUGGACCAAAAUUACUUCGGAGCCUAUUAGGAUUACUAUUAAUACCAUAGAAUGUAUAUUAAAUUUGAAAGGCAGAGGCACAAGAGCCACCCCCCAAAAACGUGCAAAAGAAAAAGCCAUUGGACAAAAAAGCUCAAUAGAACCCCCUCCCGGCUAUAUCCAAUCCCUAAUAAACAAAAUAGUCAGCAACAUAUGCAUCCAUUGCAACAAUCUAAUAUUGAAGUACGUUGAAGAAGACAUUGUCCUAUCCAUGAAUGUAAAACUGCUAAAAUUCGAAGGUGCCAAUGAAAAGUGGGAGCCCGCCUACACUGAUCCUUCACCAGCCAAAGUAAUACUCCGCAAGAUUAUAAGCAUCACAGAUUUAACUUUAUGCUUGGACAAGCGAAAUGCUUCGGGCAAAAUCGAAGUUUAUCAAGAACCAAUGCUUUACAGGUGCUCAAUGAGUAUGCACUUGUUGAGACAUUAUCAUUCAGCCACUGCUAGUGUGGCUUCAACAAUGCGACUAGACAUUUAUUGCAACAAUAUGGAAUUUAGCAUGACUGAACAGCAAGUGCCCAUGCUUAUAAGGCUAAUUUUGUUGUUGUAUGCUUUGCAACAAAAGCAGUUAAAGCCUGAUUUAGAAUCUUUAAUGGACACUGCAGGUGGCUCUUUGGAAAAUCAAGAAAAUCAAGAGGACAAUGAAACUUGGACUGGGUGGGCUUGGUCAGCUAUUUCUUCAGUUUUACCUGCGCCUUGGGAGGAUAGUAAUUGGGACGAGAACGAACUUAGUAGUCAUAAGGGGCAUACUUUACAUUUGGGGUUUUAUGUUGAUAGAGCUUCAAUAACUUUUAAGCAACGUUAUCAUCCAAUGCUUACAUUAGAUUUACAAGGCAUUUAUAUUGACACUAUAAUACAUGGUUUAGAAUGGUUUAAUUGUACCGGGGGCAUAAGUGAAGCUUCAUUAAUUCCUUUAGGAUAUUGUAGUUGUGGUUAUGCUGAAGUUAAUGACAACACUGUACCAUACCUUAAAUUAGGUUCUAUGUCAAAUUUUCACAAACUAGAUUCACUUUUUGACGCAGAAGCUAUAGAAAAUAGAGGAGGCAAAAGACAAUACAACACCCAAUGGGAUUUGCAUAUGACUAUGACCACAGAAUCUGUUCUUUUAGAGAAAACUCCUGCUCUUGCUUUUGAUUAUGCUUACAAAAUGGAUAUUCCUAUUGAUAUAAGCAGCGAGGAUUUAUCAGAAUAUGGCAGCAACUAUGAGUUUAGUAAUUUUUCUGAAAUUUCCUCAUUGCGUUUAUGUAUAGGCCCCUUCAGAUUGCGAGUUUGUUCAGGCCUUAUACAUCGAGCCAAUACUAUACAAACAGCAGCUUCUUUUUACGAUUAUCCGCCCUAUUACACUUUAAAGCCUGAUUUACCUUUGCAAAACUUGCAACCACCUUCUGAAGAGGAUUUUGAUGCUCUAAACAAAUUCAUUCCUAGUAGGAGUUUAAGAUUGACAUUAUUUGCACCACUUAUUGAGCUGGAACUUAUGGAUCAUCCUUGUUUUGAACCAAAUAAAACUUGUAUGUUUAAAAGGAGCAAGAAAUCAGGAACUAUGUCUGGUACUUCGUCAAUCCUACCAAAAAUCACCAUAGAAUGUCAAUUUAUCGAUUUGAGCCAAAAAUACCCAAUGUAUUAUAACAGGCUGGUGCAUACUACUUGUCAAUUACCAGAACCUCCCAAAAAAUUGUUUGAUUCUUGUUAUGUUAAUAAAAACAUAAAAAUUGUUGGUCUGUUGAGUCGAUUAGUGAUAAAUUCGGCUUGCCAGAGUAUUAUCCUGACACCCAGCAAUGUAUCUUUUAGCUCAAAAACAAUCAUUAAGCCUCAUUAUUGGAUAAAUUCUGAUAUACCACACAACGAGAUGGUUUUUGAAAGUGAAAGUGUCACUCUGAAUGGUACGAAAGCAAAAAUGCUUGUAGCUUAUAAUAUUUUAGAACAGCUACUGCUCAAAAAAGCAUUUGGUAGAAGCAUUUACAGUUCCAGUUUGCUUACAGAUGCUUGCAAAGAUUUCGGUUUUCCACACAUGGAAAUUUGUAUUGAAGGCAUCAGAUUUAUAAAAGUAAUCACAAAUUCAACUCAAACAUUCGACAUAAGCAUCCAAGCCAUUAAGGCAUUUAUUUUUGAAACAAUAAAGAAACCGGCCACUGUUAAUAUACAGCAGGUUUUGUUUAUUAGUGGCCCUGAAAUAAGUGAAAUUAAGGAAACAAAGCGGAAAAGCUUUUCAGAAAAUUCGCCUCUUUUAACAAUAACUGUGCAAUUUCCUCUUAAACCUGAACUGCAAAAACAUCCACCAAUUUUACUAUUCAAUUUACAAGAAAUCAGGAUUUCCAGUGGUAGUAUGGUAGACGUCCCAAGAAGACUAAGUCAGCUUGAGUCUGUUCAUAGCAGUUCAGACAGGGAGCAUCAGCAUUUGCCUCAAAAAAUCACCAUUUCCGAAACAGCUACCAAAGAAGACAGCGCUGACGUGCAAGAAAAAGUCUACAACAUUUUGAAAUCUUGGUUUGAUGUUUGGAAAGGAAUUUUUUUGUGUGGGGAUGUUUCACAGUGCACUAUUUAUUUUCCUAUGAGCUCUUUGUCAGCUGUUGGGUCACAAGGUAUUCAAGAAGCUGUCCAACAAGCUUUAAAUAAUAAGGAUAAAGGCCCUGAUAUAUUGGUUAUUACUUUGCCUUUUGCCAACAUUAGAAGCGCCCAAAGGCAAAAUAUUGGUAAAUAUUUGAAGCAUUUGCCUGUGGCUUUACCAGACAAUAUUUGGACAGCAGACAAAUCCAGUUUUCCUUGGACAAUGUCAAUAUCGGAAUUAAGUUGCUACACAAUGCAAAAUGGUGAAAAACUAAUAUUUCUAAAACCAGUUUCCUUGAGUGCAACUGUAGGUCUGUCAACACGUCCAUCAAAAAAUGCUGAUGAUAAUGAGAAACUUGAGAAAAGUCCUAAGCAAUCACUUAGUAAAAGUCCUUCCAGCAGUAUACCAAACAGUCCUACAACCCAAAUCAAAAAAAGCGCUAAAAAAAAAGUUGAACCAAUACCAAAUAGUCCUUGUAAAGCUAGCAAAAUAGAUAUUGGUUCUUUAGGGGUUUGCGUACAUAUAGACACAACUCCUAUACUAAUAUCAACAUCAGAAGUUCAAGUUUAUUUAUUUGCCAGCAUACUUUACGGUUUAAUGGAAGUUGCUUCAAAUCUAUUACCAACUAGUUGUUCAAGUAAACCAUUGCAAGAAUUACCAGGCCUAACAAAAGGUAGUUCUACAUUGUCUCACAGAGAACAAACCACAGAUAAUUUAAGCGAAAUAACUCCACCUUCCGCAACAAUAAACACAGAAAACUUAGAAAACGAUUCAGUUAAAUUAACAGCCUGGAUCCAAUGGACAAUCACCAGAUUUACCAUCGAACUUCUAUCAGGUGGUGAAUUAGAAGAACAAACUCAGUGCAGACUUAAACUAGUUGUCGACGCAGAAGACAUUGUCAGUUCGCUGGACUUUCAAAGUAUCUACUUGAAAGUGAAAAGCAAAAUUGGCUCGGCAUCAAUAAGGCAUUAUGAGAGGCAAGCGGAUAAAUGGCAACCAGGCUCGUUUUCCGGUAUAGUGAUGCGAUUGAGGGACGAUUUGGCAACUAGGCAAGAGGAUAGUAGUUUGAUUAGUGUCACUAUUACUAGGGCUAGUUGUCAGCAUACGCAUACUUUGUGGGGUGCUCUCCUCUCAAAAUCCAGAUACAUUACUGAAAUAGUCGUCAACAUACAGCCUUUGGAUUUCGUAAUCUCAUUGUACACAUUGAAAAGCUUCUAUUUGAUUUUGAUUCCUCUACUAACCAUCCCUGCAAGUACCAAUGAACCACCCAAAAACGACACAUCAAACAGUUUCCUAUCGACAACCAACAACCAAUCCCUACCACUGGCCUAUUUAGAUUGUCAAGACAUUAGAGUGAUUAUGCCUUCAAGAGAGCUUUUAGGCUGCGGCACCUUCCAUGACGUCUUAGUUUUCCAAUUACAAAAAAUCUCCUUGAACCCUCAAGCAGUUAACCCAAUCUGCAGAACUCCUAUAAGAUCAGACAUCUAUGAUCAAGCAGCACACGCUAGGAUUUUAAAUAUACCAGGUAGUGAAGUUGAAGAUAGACAAUAUCAGCUUGAUAUAGUAGGAAUAUCUGUUUGCACUGGCACUUGGGCUGAUAUUAGUACAAUUCUAUCGCCAUCCAUUGAUCGUUUGUCAAGUUUAAGAGGCAUGAGUGAAAAUCCUGCUUUAGAGUGGAACAUUUCUGAGCAAGGUCAACCUAAUAUGACCCCUUCUCUAAACUUGAAGUGCAUUUUAGAAAAAUUUGAUAUAACCAUAGUGGCAGCACCUUCGAUGGUUUACAAAGGCAACGUUACAAUAUGUGGCCACUCAAUGGAAAUCAAUUUAGUUUCUGAUAUUUUAAUUAAUUUUUCUUUGCAACAAAUCAAGCUACUAUCCGCCAUUCUAACUGAAUUUGUCUUACUAGUCACUCCUCUAAUAAGGGAGGAUGGUACUUUGAAAAAAAUUAAAAUCAAAUUCCCUUAUUCUCACUUUGAUUUAACUGCCUAUGAAAAAGACUCAGACAUUGACGUUAGAGACUCUGGAAUUGAAACAUCUGACUUCAAAAGUGUACAAUCUUCAAAAACACAUCAGAAUCCAAACAGUGAUAAGCAAGUGAUUUUUCCAAGACCCCCCAAUACUGUGCCUUAUAUUUAUUCUUCUGUACCAAUUGAAGUGGUUUUGACUGCUGGCAAAAUUGGCUUGACAUUGUACAGUGUUGAGGACGAACAAAAUGCUAGUGCAAGGUAUAAAGGAAAAAAGAAGAAGCAUUUUAAAAAUAAGACUGAUGAAGAUCAAGGAUACGAAGCUUCAGAAGAAAGUACAGACGACAGAUCAGAUUCCUACAAAAAAUACAUUCCAUUGCUUUAUUUAAGCUUCACACAACCAAAUGCGUUUUAUUCUAAACAACAAUUGAGUGGCAAAAUACAGCUUUCAUGCUUUGACAUCAACUUAAAACUAAGCAAUCCAGAAUAUGCCCCAAUCAACCAUUUGCCUACCGAAACAGAUUUUCCUGUCAACCUAUUGGAAACCAAAACAGGCACACCAAAUACAAGUAAUGGUAUUUUGCCCGCCUUUUUCACAUUUCGUCUAAUAAAGGGCGUAGGCAAAAAUUCAAAAAUUGAGCUGGAAAUUUUGAAACCCACAAAACUAUUUUGUCAAAACUCCAAGUGGAGUCACUUGUUGACUAUUAAGGAUAAGGUUGUGGAUAUUUUUAAGAGUGGUGGAGGUUCUGAGAGUUUUUUCUUGUUACUUGAGGCUACCAAUAAUGCUAAAAGCAAAGAAAAUGCUUUGCAAGGGCGUUCAGUACGGGCUAGUGAUACUUUUAGUAAGUUCCAGCGAAUAAGAGACUUAUUAGGAACUACUAGUCAAAUAUCAUUUAAAUCUGAUCAACUUAUUUUGGCUAUUUCUUCGGAGAAUGGCCCAGAACUUCAUGUGGGGAUGCGCCAGUUGCGCAGUCAAUUACUAAUAGCUACUAGGCCAGAAAAAAUUGGAAUUAUUACAACAUUUGAUUGUUUGACUUUGACUGUAUUACACAAUGAAUUUAGGAAGUUGCUGCUUAAUCCUUGGACUAUUACUUUUGAUGUAAAUGUUUUUUGGGAAUCUUGGCAGGAUUUUGAUAGUGAACCACAAGUUCAAAUUACUGCAGAAAGCGACUGUAUCCUUAUCGAUGUUACUUCAGAGCAAAUCAAAUGUCUGGAGAUGGUUUUGAAAGAGUUGAAGGAGUUUUUGGCAAUGUUGCCAAGUAAAGAGGGCAACGAGAAGUCGGAGGUUGAGGCUCAACCGAAAAUAACCGACAAGGAUCAGCAUUAUAAAGACGAUUUGAGGGCAGGAGCUUUUCAGUUUGUUGAUUCUAAUACGGAUAAUGCUGAUGAGAUGCCCUUACCAUACCAGGUAAUGUUUUGGACAAAAAAAAUAUCUGCGAUGGCCUGGAAAUAUCCCCAACCCAGAGCCUUAACAAAAGUACGCGUUUUCCCUGUCCCUUACAAAAUGGCCCUUACCGUCCAAGAAAACAUUUCAGUCCUUUGCCAUUUGGAAUACUGGUCCGAGUGUAGAAACUGCUACUUACCCUACACCCAAUUUUGCUUGUCCGAAAGCGAAAUUUGCCAUUUAACUUUACCCGAAGGUUGUCCUAAAACUGUUGUUGCUAGCACUUGGAGGGUUGUAAUUACAACCAUUGAUGAUACAUCUGAAGAACCUAUUUUAAAUAAAGGAGGAAUUUCGCCAAGGGCUCUAGCAGCUUGUAUGCGUAUAGAUUCUUAUUUUAAUAAAAACCUCAUACCCAACCUAAAUGUUGCCUUAUACGUAACAAAAAUAGAAUUAGCCCUUUAUAAUUAUUUUUCAAAAAAUACUCGAGUAAUACUUCCUAAUUGUCUCAGAAAAUAUUAUUCUGACUUAACUUUUCCUGAAUCCCAAAAAUUUUUAACUCUAACCUUGGAUAAUCUAAGCGCCUAUUUAUCUAUUUGGAGCUUUGAAGAACUAAUAACCGAAUUGAGUAGUUCGGUUCAUUCUACUGUAUUGGAUUAUGGCUAUUUGACUGAACAAAAACCAUUCACUUCAAAGUUAGAACUAUGCCUGUCCAAAGGCCUUCAAAGCAACUUCAUUUCAAAACCAAUCCAAGUAAAAUUUGGCCCAAGCAUUGCUCACACUUUAGCAAUAAGUGCACAAAUGUGGACCCAAAACAACGACCAAGAUUUUAUUAUGGUGACCAGAUAUGUUAUUUGCAACGACACUAAUGUCUCUAUUAGAUUUGGACAGUGCAGUACUGAAGAAAACGUUUUGGUUGCUUCUAGGGCUUUCCAUUUAUACUCUUGGAAAUCACAAAGGAAAAAACAAUUAUUAAGAGUUUCAUUAGAGGAAAACAACUGGAAUUGGUCAACACCGUUUCCAAUAUACAAAGAAGGCACUCGCAUGAUUCAUUUCAAAGCAAACAAAAAAUUCACCCUUUUUGUUACAAUCAAAAAUAUUUCAAAGACUCAGAAGCAAAUUACAUUUUUUGGGCAAUUGAUUGUGUGCAAUAUGCUUUCUGAGCAUUUUGAAAUGAAGGUUAUUGAAGCAGUUAGUGAAAACAAAGAGCAAGAGUUCAGGAAUGCUCAAAAUCACGUUGUUGGAAGUAGAACUGCUGCCCCCAGUGUAUUUAUAAGCGACAAGAAACAAUAUUUUUUACGGUUGAGGUUUUUUGGGUUGGAUUCCGCUUGGACUGGUGAUAUACCUUUAAGAGAACAUGUUACAGGAUCUCAACCUUGGCUUGUCAAAGUGCCUUUACAGGAACGAGGACAAUUUCUUUCAAUAUGGUGCAGGAUUUUUAUACAAGAUUUUGUUAAGUCAAGACGAAUUCUUGCCAUGCUUUGGCCGUUGUUUAUGGUCAAAUCUAAUCUUCCUAUGAGCGCAAAGGUUCACAUAGAAACGCCUACUUUAAGAGUGCAUUUAGACUCUGUAGUUAAUGGAAAAGGAGAAUUACAGCAAUUAUACUGUCCUGGUACUAUUGACCAUUCUCAUCAAAUCACUUUCCAAUUAGAAGAAGCUCUUUCCAAUGCAAAUAAUCCUUAUGUGCCUUUAAACUACACCUUAGUGGAUCAGAGGGAAUUUUUCAAGAAAUCCUCCAACGAUGAAAUUGAAACUAUCCUAGCUUCUUUGAAUCAUUGCUUUGAAUCAAAAUGGCCAUACUUUGAAGAGGAAUUUGAUGAUAUUGAGUGGAUUAUGGACGAUAGUCAACCAUUGACUCAUGUACAAGUUAGAUACCAAAAUGCUUGUCCAUAUUCCUGUGCCUUACUAGUAGAGCUACUGCCAUGGUGUCUAAUGGUAAACACCCUAGGCACCCCAGUUUCUGUAUUACUUAAUGGCAUUGAACUAUGCAGAAUACAACAUCAUGGAAUUAUUGCGCCACCUAAGUUGGAAGAAAAUUUCCAUUUAGGAGUUUGCACAGGUACCAAUUGGUUCUUUUCUGGCCCUUUACAACUGGCCAAAAGUGAUUGGGCUCAAAGUUUUUACAUGCCAAAAAUAACUGGCAAUAUUCCUUUGGAAGGUACCAUCAAGACUUGUGUAAAAUGUGAUUCCCAUUUGUGUAUGAUUUCGGUCACUAGUACUAUAGCCAAUGAAAUUCGGCUAUUGCGCUUGUCUUCAACACACAUACUGUCCAAUCAUUUAUCAACCCAGGUGCAUGUUAUUUGUUUUGCAAUUGCUGAUAAUAAUAAGAAUAUUUUUGAUUGGCCUGAGGAGAUUGAUAAGCAUUGUUUUACUGUUGCACCUCAUUCAAAGAAAAGUCAUUCAGGUAUUCCAAUAAUGCAAUGGUUUAUGCUAAAGAACGAUUCAGAAUCUUCCAAUGCAGACUAUGUACUUUAUAUAUCGUUUUCUGUAAAUCCUGCUGCAGGGUGGUCUUGUCCGAUAAGAGUGGACAAACCUUUACUCCGUAAAGCUUUUGCAGUGCAAAACAAUCAAACAUCUAUGCCUGUAGUUUUAACAGCCCAAGAAAUCAAAGGCCAAGUAUUUUUGGCUCUACACAAUGACCCUAGGCCUCAAAUUUUCAUCGAAAACAAAACCAAUGUGCUUUUUUAUUGUGGCCAGACCUUGCCUGAUGAAACUUCAGUGGUUGCUGAAUCUGAACAUUUCAAAUGGAACUGUAUUCUACCAUCCUUAUCAGGCACCUACUAUAACAUGCCAGCAAUAUCGCAAAAAUUCCCCGAGCUACCUCAAGUUUAUUUUGCUGAAAAACUAUCAUUGGCUUAUGAAAGUCAAUUGGAAUGGUCAACUGGCAUUAGUAUAGUCAACAAUAAUGAUCUUUUUAUACGUGUCCCAUAUUAUGGAGAUGUUAAAUUGACUAUUGUCAAUACAGCUUGUAUAACAUUUUUGACUAUAGAAAGUGUGGGGCAAGUUGAAAUUAGUGCCAGAGACAUUAGGGUGCGUUUAUCAAUGCGAGAUUGCACUGAGAAAACUUUGAUUAUCAAUCAAAAUGAAGAAAUUGAACAAAUAAACUUAAGUCCAUCUAGUUUCCAAAAAUUGCCCACAGUUGCAGAGCAAUUUCCUACAAACUUUGAAUAUACCAAAAGCCAAUAUUCUGAUAGGACUUUGAUUAAAACUUCUUGGAGAAGUAAUUUGCUAGUGAGCACUUUGCCUUUAAAAGACACUUGGGCUAAUAUAAAGUUCAAUAUUUUCAUUAAAAGUUUUGGUAUAACAUUAAUAUCUGACGUAGAAGAAAACGAAGAACGAUGGGAAAUUGCCAAUUUAACUUGUGACGAUAUAAUUAUUGUAGCUCAACAAAAUGAGCAUUUAAAAGUGAAAUUGUCUAUGUCAGACAUCCAGUUUGAUAAUCAGCUACAUACAAGGGCCUCAUAUGAUUUCCCUGUUGUGCUUGUGGGCCAAGACAAAAAACCUUUGAAGAAAAUUAACAUUUUAAACAUUCCAAUGGAGGCUCUUUUAGAAAAUUUCCAAGAAAAUUCCUUGGUUGUUGUGGAUUUUGUGUUGGAAAGUUGGGCCAAUGAAAGUCAGACUUAUACAGGCAUUAAAACCAUGAAACUAUCACUUAAUCCUAUUGCCUGCUUCAUCGAAGACAGAUUUGUUACAAAACUGAUGCACUACAUGAAAGAUUUGAAUAUUGUUACUUUAGUUAUUUGGCCAGUGCAUAGGCAUAUUACCAAAAUAAGCUCAAAUUCAAUAUCGGUGAAUGUUCCAGAAUUGGUGUCCUGGCAGUGUGCACUUUUAGCUCGUCCACUGACAAUGAGGACUUUUGUUGUCAGUCCUCUAUCUAUGCUAUUGUCUGUCCAUAGUUCAAUGAAAAUGUAUAUUGCGUUGGAUCAGAGUCCUUUGCAGUUUAGUCAGUUUGAACGUAGAAGGCUGUUUACUACAUCAUAUAGAUUGGGCCACUCCUUAACCAUGCACUAUCUUUCCGGAGCCAUCUUCGGUGCAGGCUGGGUAGUAAGCUCCCUAGAACUCCUCGGCAGUCCUGGCGGACUAGCCAGAGCCAUGGGCACAGGCCUCAGAGACUUUGUCAGUUUACCCUAUAGAGGAUUCGUGCAUGGACCUAUGGCAUUCCUCAAAGGCAUUACAACUGGAUCAGCAUCUUUAAUGAAACACGUCACCGCUGGUACAUUGCAAUCAGUCACAAAACUGGCUUCCAGUGUUGCUAGGAAUUUGGAUAGAUUGACUUUAGAUGAAGAACAUCAGAGACGUACUGAAGAACAACGGCGGCAACGACCUCAAGGAGUUGCACAAGGAUUUAUGCAGGGUAUGACUGCUUUUGGUAUAAGCCUUCUAGGAGCUGUAGGAGGCAUCGCCCAUCAUCCCCUACAAUCGAUGAUGUCUUCAGGGGCUUCGCCUCGUUCUCUGGCUGCAGGAGUUGGACUAGGUAUAGUGGGAGUGUUCACAAAACCCUUAAGUGGGGCUGCAGAGUUUGUUGCAAUGACUGGUCAAGGUUUGUUACAAGGAGCAGGUUGGAAUUCUUUGCCCGAUCCACGCAGUUUACCACAAACAAUCAAAAUUGAGCACAGCAACAAUUCCAAUUUAAAAUACCCUUGGAAAUUGGGUGAAAUUUUAAACAGUCAAAUUUUGUUUGUGACUGAAGCCACUAGCAUAAGCCACAAUGCAAUAUUUGCUGCAGUAGCUCUUAUUUUGACUGUUGAUAGUUUUGUGGUUGUUAAUCUAGAGAAUGAUGAAAUUGUUAAAGUUGUUCCGUUAACUGAACUGAGUGUACUUCAAAACGCAGAUCCUACCAUUUUAACUUUAAAACAUUUGCCUGCUAAAUUGAAUCAGAAAGAUUUAGAAAAGGUUGAAGAUGAAUUAGCGAUUAAUAUGGAUCCUGAAAUGAGAGCUAGAGUUGCUGAUUAUGUUAGGAGUACUGUAGGGUUAUUGAAUCCUCCCGAAGAUGUUUCAGUACAUUCAGGUAUCAGUAUAAGUCCACUGAACACACCUGAUAUUGAGGAUAACACUAAACAGGAAGGUGCCGUGAUGAAUUUUUAUAUUUAUUUGCAAAAUAUGAGGUAUUUUGUGCAACUGUUGAAUUUGGCUACGCAGCAAAGAGGUGGCAAUCAUUUUUCUGUUUUGUAACAAUAAUUGUAUAUUAUUUGUUUGUAUAUAAAGAUGUCAAUUAUAAAUAAAACGCACAUUUUUUUUUUUUUUAAACAUUAAAUAUAUAAGUAAAUGUAUUUUUAAAAAAAGUCUUAGAAUAAGUAUAAUAAAAUGUAUGUUCAUGUAUAUUAUAAUUUGUACAAUAAAAAAAAAGGAAGAUUUUUAUUAAAUAUAAUUAGACAUUGAUUGAAACAUUCAGCUCACAGUCAGGGUAUAAUGGAAAUUAAUUAUGUAUAAGUACAAGAGGAGUGAACUAUAUGAAAUGCCAAAAAGGCUUUGUUCCAAGCCGCAAGAAAAUUGUGCACUAUUUUCUUGUAGAUUGCAACAAAGCUACAAACUUAACUAAAGCAGUCUUAAAUUACAAUUAAAAUUUUUACAGCUACUAAUUACAAUUUGGACAGAGGCGCACAUAGGUACAUUAAAUCUGAAACAUUGAAGUAUUAUGUAUUUUAUCAUUACUUAAUGGGGUUUUUAUUUGUUAAAAUAAAAUCUUUGGUAUAAUCUAAAACAAAAAAAACUUUGCGUUUACAAUUUCUAUUUUGAAAAAGGCACAAUAUUAUGUAUAAUAACCUGAGAAAAACAUCUUCUAAGUAAUUGAAAUAAAAGAGAAAAAAUUGGGUUUUUAAACGUUGCCUCCGUAGCUCUGUCUGGGUGGUUGUAAAUAGGGACUGCGCCCUGGGGGCCCACCAUUGACAGUCACUAGGGUGGUGGUCGUAGCCUCCGAACCGCAAGAUUCCCGUUUGUGGUAGAAGGUCGGUUGGCUAAAAAUUACCUCAUGGCCAUGCAAAUCAUUUCAACUAAAAGCUCUUUUUGCCUCUACAGUAUAGCGAUUCAAGCUUUCGGCGAUACGUUGCUCCGGUUUCUCGGCAAAAUAACCGAUUCUCCUUUGUGAUUAACAAUCACGGUGAUUUCCGUAGGAUUUUGCGAUACCCUUGCACCAUUCACCGGAAAAUUAUUUACCGAGUCGACUUCGGUAGGCGAUUCUUCGCUGAGCUCCAAAAGCGGCUGAUUCACCAACGACUCUUUCCUCUGGCUCAGCAACGACUCUUUGGGCGGAUUCAGAUAAUCACUAUUAGCGUAUUUGUAGUGAUGCACCGACGCCACAGAAGACUCGAAUUUGCGCUGCGAUUGGUUGACGGAUAACAAAGAUUCUUUGGUAGCAAUAGCAGGUUGAGACAGGCGCUUGGCUUCGUAGUCUUCCAAAUCUUCGGCGCCCACCAAGGUCCACUCGGUGAUUCUUAGGCUCUCGGUUCUGGAUCUGGGCGACCAAUCUUUACUCCGGCUGCUCGAUCUCAGGCGGCUGGGUCCCAGAGAUUUUUUGGUUUUCCAGUUUUCGAAGUGGUGUUUUAAUGUGUUUUGCACUUCGGUGUUCAGGAAACAGUAGAAGAGGGCCACCAUGAAACCCUGAAACAAAAAUG